AUUUCGCGGGUGUAUUAACUGGUCAGAGUUGCAUUUAGGGUUUCGUAAUAAUUUUAUUGUUUUUGGUAUGCUGUGAUUAUAAUUGAAGUUUUAUCUCUUUCAGUGAUUGCAGAAUAAAUGGCAAAAAGUUACUUCAAGCAAGAGCAUGACCUUGAGAAAAGGCGCGCAGAGGCUGCUAGAAUUAGGGAGAAGUAUCCGGAUAGGAUUCCGGUGAUUGUGGAGAAGGCAGAGAGAAGUGAUGUUCCCAACAUUGAUAAGAAAAAGUACCUAGUCCCAGCUGACUUGACCGUGGGGCAAUUCGUGUACGUAAUCCGCAAGAGAAUCAAACUAAGUGCAGAAAAGGCUAUCUUCAUAUUUGUAGAUAAUGUCCUCCCCCCUACAGGAGCAAUAAUGUCGACAAUAUACGAUGAGAAGAAGGAUGAAGAUGGGUUUCUCUAUGUUACCUACAGUGGAGAAAAUACAUUCGGACUCCAGAUUCCACUGUAGCCAAUGAUAUGGUACUCUACGUUUCCCCAUUUAAUGCAAUAUAAUACCGUGCUGGUGAUAAAUUGUACAAAGUACUCUGUGUAUAGUUUUCAAGUGGAUUCCUUAAGAUCUGAGAACCCUUUAAAUAUUGUUCAAAUGACAAUUCCACUUUUAGUGCA